AGGAGAGAAGAUAGGUAAAUUCGUCAACCAACUAAAAAACCCUUUUUUUAUGUAAAUAACCAAAACAUGAUCUCUUCUUCCAUCACUACUCUAUUGGAUUUUGGUGAGAGAAGCAGAAAAUGCCAUACAAACACUCUUGAGGACAUGGGUGCACUAUCAACCCCUACUCAAAGCCUCAGAGCAACACCAUCUACAACAAUAUCUAACUCCAUUUACAAGAAACCCUUUGCAGAUUGCAGUAUUUUGUCAUCAAAACAUAAUUCAUUUCUCAGAGGCCAAUUUCAUACUAGACUCUUUCUUGGAUUCAAUUCAGUUCGUAAUCUUAGAAAUCGUGCAGGUGUUAUUGUUUCACCAAGUUGUGUCCUUCCGCUGACUGAAGAGAAUGUUGAGAAGGUGUUGGAUGAAGUGCGGCCAGGCCUAAUGGCGGAUGGUGGUAAUGUGGUUCUACAUGAAAUUGACGGUCUUGUUGUGGUACUAAAGUUACAAGGAGCAUGUGGGUCUUGUCCAAGUUCAACUAUGACACUCAAGAUGGGAAUUGAAACUCGUCUUCGAGAUAAAAUCCCUGAAAUAAUGGACGUGGAGCAGAUCCUCGACACCGAGACUGGCCUUGAGUUAAAUGACGAGAACGUUGAAAAGGUUCUAUCUGAGAUAAGACCCUACCUUGCUGGCACAGGAGGAGGAAUACUCGAGCUGGUUCAAAUUGAUGACUAUGUUGUCAAAGUGCGUUUAAGUGGGCCUGCAGCCGGGGUUAUGACAGUGCGUGUCGCUCUAACACAGAAAUUGAGAGAAAAAAUACCAGCCAUUGGAGCUGUCCAACUGAUGGAUUAAUGGAACAACAGACAAACUAUACUUUACUCUCUGUAAAGUGAUUUCAUAGAAAAUUUUCACACCUUUUUUUUCUUUUGUUUUUUCCGUCACGGCACAACUUGUAUUCAAGGCAUCAAAUGUUCAUCCGGAUGACAUUGAGUUUGCUAUCUGGGAGAUGGCAUAGAUUACGCUCAUCACUUAAGAAAUGCAAGUAAUUAGUUGAAACUUGGUGGUAUAUAAAGCAAGGUCAUGAUAAUCCAUGUUCAUUUGUUUGUUGCAA